AUGGAAGGCACCAAUGCAAUGUACGGCGCACCGGCAAACCAGUGGCCGAUGAAUCCCAUGCCUCCGGCCAUGCCGCAACAAGAUACUGGUGAUGCACAAGAUAUGGACGAAGGCGAUAAUGCCCAUCGCCCACCAAAUGCUUUCAUAUUGUACUCUCAGGCAAUGAGAUCUCAGGUUCGUCAAGAGAACCCAAGCCUCUCUAACACAGAAGUUUCAAGACUUCUUGGAAAGAUGUGGAAAGAAGUACCAAAUGAUAUCAAGCUCCAAUACAAGCAGAAAGCAGCUGCCAUGCAAGAAGACUUCAAGCGCGAGCAUCCAGAUUACACAUAUCGUAAAGCUCGUAGGAAACGUGCUCUUAACGAAUUGCUUACAAAGUCUUCCACAGCAGGAUUCCAGCCAUUCCCAAUGGGUGGUUCCUUCCCACAAGAUAUGAAUUCAUUCCCACCUGCUAACCAGGGAUUCCCAAUGUCAUUCCCACAGCAAGGAACAGAUCCAAAUGGACAGCAAAUGUUCCAGAUGCCAGGUAUGGCUUCAAUGGGUAAUAUGCCUGCAAUCCAGUCUAUGACUAUGCCAGGAAUGCAGCAAUUGGGACAGAAUCAACUCUUUAAUCUUCAACCCCACUAUCCACCGUCAAAGUGA